CUGGAGCGGGGCCUGAGGGGGAGCACCUGUAAGAGGGGUGGGGCCGGAGGGAGGGCCCCUGCGAGGGGCGGGGUCUCUGAGGUAAGUAAACGUGACUGCCGAGCUGGGUCCACGAGCUGGAGAGAUUGGGGCGUCGCGUCUCAGCCCCAGAGGGGUCGGACCCCCAGCAGCCAACCUGCCACACGCAGCUGCAGCUGCGUCUCGCGCGCUCCGCACCCCCAGAUCCUGCCCCUCCCUGCGGUCCCCGGGCCGGGACCGCGCCGCCUGAUUUGCAAGCCCGGGCAUAUCCGGGAGGAAGCAAGUCGGGGAGCCUCUGCGGAGGUGGUGUUACACCUGAUUAGAAACUUGAGGAAGGGAGAGGUACGGGGAAAGCAUGGCAGCUCGGGCAACCGCACGGCCCGGAGAUGCGGGAAUGUUGCUUUUCCUGGAUGACUCCAAAAUGAAGAACUUCAUCACCUGCUACAAAGCGUCCAGGGGGUGUCCCUGUGAACCGCAGUGCCUUGAAUCCUAAGAAGGAACCCAAGAAGCUCCCCUACUUAAGAGGACUUGCUGCUGGAGGAGGCACGUCCCAUCCGGGCUGGACUAUAAGGAAGCCCGUCAGGAGGCUGCAGCUUCGCGGCCUGCGGCCGGUCCCGCGGGAGAUGGCCCCGGGAGCGCCCACGCUGCUGCUGCUGCUGUGGCUGCUGUGGUACCCUGACUUCCCGCCCCGCGCUGCCGGCUGCCCGACCGCCUGCCGCUGCUACAGCGCUACGGUGGAGUGCGGCGCCCUGCGGCUGCGCGUCGUCCCGCCCGGAAUUCCAUCUGGGACGCAGACGCUGUUCCUGCAGGACAACAGCCUCGCGCGCCUGGAACCGGGCGUCCUGGCGCCUCUCACAGCCCUACGCCGUCUCUACCUGCACAAUAACAGCCUGCGCACCCUGGAGCCAGGUGCCCUCCGCGCGCAGUCACGCCUGCUAGAGCUGGCGCUCACCGGCAACCGGCUGCGCGGCUUGCGAGCUGGCGCUUUCGCGGGCCUGGCCCAGCUCCGUGCACUCUACCUGGCUGGUAACCAGCUAGUGCAGCUGCUGGAUUUCACCUUCCUGCACCUGCCGCGACUGCAGGAGCUGCACCUGCAGGAAAACAGCAUUGAGCUACUGGAGGACCAGGCCCUGGCCGGGCUCUCCUCACUGGCACUGCUGGACCUCAGCAGGAAUCAACUGGGCACCAUCAGCCGUGAGGCCCUACAGCCCCUGGCCAGCCUGCAGGUCCUGCGCCUCACAGAGAACCCAUGGCGCUGUGACUGCACCCUGCAUUGGCUGGGAGCAUGGAUCAAGGAGGGAGGCCAGCGGCUGCUCAGCUCCAGAGACAAGAAGAUCAUGUGUGCAGAGCCCCCGCGCCUGGCACUUCAAAGUCUCCUGGACAUAUCUGGCAGCAGCCUCAUCUGCAUCCCGCCCUCUGUACACGUGGAGCCGCUGGAGGUGACGGCCAACCUGGGUGAGGACCUGCGGGUUGCCUGCCAGGCUUCCGGCUACCCGCAGCCCCUGGUGACCUGGAGAAAGGUGGCCCAGCCUCGCGAAGGGCAGCCACGGGCUCAGGUCCAGCCAGAAGGCGGGGCGCCGCGCCCAGGCGGGCCCGGCGCCUCUGACACGGGCAGCGGCAUGCUCUUCCUCACCAACAUCACCCUGGCCCACGCUGGCAAGUACGAGUGCGAGGCCUCCAACGCCGGCGGCGCCGCCCGCGUGCCCUUCCAGCUCCUGGUCAACCUGUCCCAGCAGCAGCAGCAGCAGCUGGCGCCGCCCCCGCCCCCGCACGCCGGCCCCGUCAGCCACGAGCCUCUGCAGGACGCGGGCAGCAUGGCCUUCCGCGCCCUGGGCCUGGCCACGCAGACGGCCAUCGCAGCCGCCAUCGCGCUCCUCGCGCUCACGGCGCUGCUCCUGGCAACCAUGAUCUGCCGCCGGCGGCGCAAGCGGAAAAAGGCGCCGGGGCCGCCGGGGGAGGGCACGCUGUUCGUCAACGACUACUCGGACGGGCCCUGCACCUUCGCGCAGCUCGAGGAGCUCCGCGACGAGCGAGGCCACGAGAUGUUCGUCAUCGACCGCUCCAAGCCGCUCUUCGCAGAGGGCCCGACGGAGGCAGCCGACGGCACGGCCGCCGGGCCGGGGCAGGGGCUCCCGCUGCAGCCGCCCGCGGCCUAUGAGAUUCGCUGCUGAGCCGGGCCUAGAGCGGAGCAGGGGCGGGAGGGCGCGUGCUGAUGACGUGGACCUCGCGGAUUGGCCGGCCCGCUGGCCCACCCCGCGCAUGCUCCAGCGCAGUCAGUAAAGGGUGGAAGCUGCGCAGUGUGCGGCGAGCCGUGUGUGGCGUCUGGGGCCCCGAGGGCGUGGCGCAGGCACCUGCGGACCCGCAGCUCUGCAGACGAAGUCCUGAGGUGCGGACGGACGGUGGCCGAGGAGGCUCCCCACACCCCUCCCAGAACCACCCUCACCUGUAGCUCUGCAGGGGCUGACAGCGGCCCGCCAGCCUGCUGGGGUCCUCUCCGAGGUGGGGGGGCGACGGGCUGCGGAGGCGCCCAAGCUGCGGGCUGAGGCUU